AUGCUGAUGCUUUCCAAAAUUCAUGAUUUCAUUAAGGUGACUCCCGGCGAAGGGAUCGAGGAGGUCAACUACUUGCGUAACAAAGAUAUCAUUCCUAUGGGUCCAAAAAGAAGAAUUUGGGGUAUUUGGUCUCUAACCUUUUAUUGGUCCAUCACUAAUGUCACAAUUUCUACCUGGACUGGAGCCUCUUCUUUGCUUUCAUUAGGGCUUUCGGUCGGCGAAACAAUGGGGAUUAUUAUCAUUGGUAAUGUUAUUAUUUCUGCUUUAGCUCUUCUAAAUGCAGCACCAGGUGGUUACUACCAUAUUGGUUACACAAUUUCUCAAAGAGUUGUUUUUGGUAUUAGAGGCUCAACAAUUGGUAUUAUUAUCAGAAUAAUUUUGUCUGUCGUGUGGUUUGGCUCUCAAGCCUAUCUUGGUGCAUUAUGUUUGAAUUGUGUCUUUGCAUCUUGGAGUCAUAAAUUCUUAACAAUGUCCGAUACCAUUCCAAAAUCUGUGAACAUGACUACUCAAGAAUUAAUUGGCUUUGUCGUGUUUCAAAUCAUUUCUCUCCCUCCUCUACUUAUCAAGCCAGAGAGAUUCAAUAAACCUUUGAUGGUUACUUGUAUCCUUACUUUUUUCACCAUGAUGGGUAUGACUAUCUGGAUUGUGUCAAGAAAUGGCGGAAGUGAUGGUUCAUUGAUGCAUACUUCUACUUCCAUGAGCUCCUCUACUAGAGGAUGGUAUUGGAUUUUCGGUAUCAGUUCAUGGUAUGGUAGUCUUUCUGCCGGUGUCUCAAACCAAUCUGAUUUCACUAGAUUUUCAAAGAAAACUUGGUCAUCUUUUUGGGGCACCAUAUUUUCAUUAGUAGUCGUUGGUACAGUGAUUCCAUUGAUGGGUCUUGUUACUGCUUCUGCUUAUAAGGACAAGUAUGGUGAAGAAGUUUGGAUGCCAAAUCAAAUUAUCAUGAACUGGUUAAAAGACGAUUACAGUCCUAAAUCCAGAGCUGCCGCUUUUUUCGCGGGUUUAACAUUCACUUUAUCACAAAUCUGUUUCAACACCAUGGGUAAUGCAUAUGCGGGUGGUAUGGACUUGUCUGGUUUGCUUCCUAAAUAUUUCAACAUUACCCGUGGUACUAUUCUCACCGCUCUUUUAUCUUGGGUUGUCCAACCUUGGGACUUCUACAAUACUUCAUCCACUUUUGUCACUGUCAUGUCUUCUUUUUCUGUCUUCAUGUCACCGAUCGUUGGCAUAAUUAUCGCCGAUUUUUGGGUCGUUAGAAAAAAACAUCUUAAAUUGACUCAUUUGUACAGUGAUGAUGUGAAUGGUAAAUAUUGGUAUUGGAAUGGAAUAAACUAUAGAAAUUUGUUAAUUUGGGUUACCGCUUUUGCUCCUGCCCUUCCAGGUUUGAUUAACAAUGUCACACCAACAAUUAAAGUUAACGGAGGUAUCAAGAAAUUCUACUAUGGGAAUACCAUUUUUGAAUAUUGUAUUGCAUUCUUUUUAACCAUUGCUUCAUCAUAUAUUUGGCCAUAUGAAAAUAUUGAAGAAGAAGAUGCCUGUGAUUACUUUGACACAUUCACUGAAGAAGAAUGCCACAAGAAAAACAUAGUUCCUUACUCCCAAAUUACGGAAAGUGAUUUCCAAAUCGACCCAGUUGUUAGUAUGUUGUCAAGAGAGCAUGGUAUUGUCUUACCUGAAAAGGCUGAUGACUAA